AUGAGCAAUCGGCAAUCUUCGACCGAGUCUUUGUUUUGGAACUCUCACCAGAUCCGCCAGAUAGAUGACCACUGGUACCAGGUGCCGACCGUGGACCGCAUGGCCGCCUUCAGGUCGCGAUUCAAGCCGAGAAGCGACGACAUCCUCCUGACAACCUUCCGCAAAACAGGGACGACGUGGCUCAAGGCUCUCUGCUACAACAUCCUCAACAGAGAAGCAGAAGAAGACCUUCUGGCGAAGAAGAACCCCCACAAAGUGGUCCCCACUCUGGAGAACACGUUCCUCGAAGAACGAUUCCAAGAUAUGUUGCUGAGUUCUCCUCCCACCGGCCGGCUGCUCCACAGUCACCUGCCUUACAGUUACCUGCCGGAGGCGAGAGGGAGUCCGGGUGCAGGAUCGUGUACCUGGCUUGGAAUCCGAAGGACACGUGGGGUCCUGCCUUUCGGGCCCUUUUACGAGCAUGUGGUGGGAUAUUGGGAGGAGAGCAGGAGACGCCCUCAGGAGGUGUUGUUUCUCAAGUACAAGGAGCUCUACAGAGAGCCGAAGGAGCAGGCCAGGAAGCUAGCUUCGUUUCUCGGGAAGCCAUUUUCUCUCGACGGAGAUGAAGAGGUGGAGAAAGUGUUGUGGCGAAGCAGCUUGGAUAGGUUGAAAGAGCUGGAGGUUAACACGAGUGGUGUCGGGGAGUUGAACCAUGUGCUCAAUUCCACCUUCUUUAGGAGAGGAACCGUACGAGAUUGGGAGAACUACUUGACUCCAGAGAUGGCGCAGCGUAUUGACCAUCUCACACAGUCUAAGUUGCAGGGGACUGGGCUUACUGUUGAUGAUUAA